GAAAUCUUCAAGUAUUCCUCUUAAAAUGUACCCUGCACCAUGUAGUCCGUCUUCCUCCAUAUUUAGUGAGAUGUUAGAACUCCAUGCAGCUCGAAAUAGCAGCAAGCGGGACUAUUCAGAGGAGGAGCAGUUAUCAGUGGGAAGCAGUUACGAUGCUGCGAAAAGUUCGCCUGUGUUUUUUGGUCGUUAUGGGCACAAACUUUCUGAUUCCGUAGCUGAGAUUCGCGAGGGAGAAGAUGGCACGUCAACCAGAUCUUCACUGUAUCCAGAAUUUGAUCCUUCUAUCAAUCAUCCAGCGACGUUUGGUUACGUUUUAUUGGACAGAAAACCCGCACCUCCUAAACAGGAAUCUCCGCCAUUACCCGAUCCUAAAGAGUGUGAGUAAAUCAUUCACAACGUCAUUUAUAGAAGUAACUACAGUACCAAGGACUUAUCCUGUCAAAAUUUUAUUUUCCACUUUCACGAUGAUUUGCUGGGAAGUAUAGAUUAAAUAUGUUGAACUACUGUAUGCUUGCACGAGUAAGUACCACAUGGAAGUACAAGUCUAGGACAAGACUAGCAAUUAAGCGGGCAAAAUGUCUGUAGAGUAUACGUACACGUAUAUGAUCCCCAUGCUUCAUUAAGCUUGUAGUUUUGUAAUGCUCAUGACAUGACAAGGAUGGCGUGAAAGAAACUUCAUUCAUAAUAAUACUGCAUGAGGCCAUAUGCAAAGAUUACCACUGACAGUGUCACAGUGAGAAUUAAUUUACUCCAAGCGGUAGCUAUA